CCAUCUUCCUUCAUUGCCUCCUCCUCCCCGUCCCGCCAAGCCCCCAGCAGCAAACUCGAGCUCCCAGGCGCUCUGGGCCUAGCGACCGAACGACGCCCAGGGCACCAUGGCCUCCCGGGCUCCCGGCCUGGCUCCUGCGCCUCUGCUGCGGCCGGUCACCCACCUGCUCUUUGACAUGGACGGCCUCCUUCUGGAUACCGAACGACUCUAUUCAGUGAUAUUCCAGGAAAUCUGUAACUGCUUUGGAAAGGAAUAUACAUGGGAUGUGAAAGCCAUGGCUAUGGGUAAAACAUCAUUGGAUGCAGCACAGGUUAUUGUAGAAGUCUUGGAUCUGCCAUUAACCAAAGAGGAACUGUUGAUAGAAAGCAAAAAGAAGCAAGAAGAAAUAUUUCCAGCAGCUACAUUUAUGCCAGGUGUUGAGAAGCUGAUCAACCAUCUACAUAGACACAACAUACCUAUUGCUGUUGCUACCAGCUCCUCUGGAUGGUCAUUUGAAUGGAAAACAAAAAGACACAAAGAAUUCUUUAGUUUGUUUGAUCAUCUUGUUCUGGGUGAUGACCCUGAGGUGAAGAAUGGCAAACCGGAGCCUGAUUUGUUUCUAACUUGUGCAAAGAGAUUUUCCCCUUCUCCUCCAGCAGAAAAGUGCCUUGUGUUCGAAGAUGCUCCAAAUGGAGUUGAGGCAGCCCGUGCAGCUGGGAUGCAGGUGGUUAUGGUUCCAGAUGAACAAUUGAACCCUGAGCUUACAAGAAGAGCAACAUUGGUGCUGAAAUCACUAGAGGACUUUAAGCCAGAAUUGUUUGGUUUGCCACCAUAUGAUUGACAGAUAUUCUAAUGAUGGUCUGUUUUUUGGCAUUAUUCCCCAAUUUGUUAUCUUGGAUUUUUUUUCCAUUUUAAUGGGGAGCUGGUAAAGAAAAUCAACAUAUAAUCAAAAAAAGUUUAUUAGCCAAUAAUUUAGACUUUCUUGCCACCAUAUCAUUUACUGUAAUUUCCAAGUAAUUCAAUAAAUUCAUCCUACCCUGACAUUCUCUUUGUUUGAGGAUGAAUAAACAAUAAAAAUGGCCAAGAUGAAUUAAAGAACAAAUCAUAAUUAACAUCUGAAUACUGAGUAAUUGAGCAUACUAAAGUGAAAAAUACCUAGCUGUGAUUUAUGUUUCCCUAUCAACGUGGGAUCAUGUCUACACUCAGAAGAUAUUCAAUAAAAUUGAUGAAGAUGAUUUAUUUUAGUAAAUGCUAAAUUGCUAUUUUUUAAAAAAAAUAAUAAAACUUUUAAGAUUACUAUUUA